AUGAUUGACACAUCCAAGAUUCUGGUGAUUGACAAGCGCCUACCUGUACCCACCUGCUGGCGCCUCUUACACCCACUGACACCUCCACCCACUGAGGAACCUCCACCCACUGAGGCACCUCCACCCACUGAGGCACCUCCACCCACUGAGGCACCUCCACCCACUGAGGCACCUCCACCCACUGACACACCUCCACCCACUGACGCACCUCCACCCACUGAGGCACCGCCACCCACUGAGGCACCGCCACCCACUGACGCACCUCCACCCACUGACGCACCUCCACCCACUGACGCACCUCCACCCACUGAGGCACCUCCACCCACUGAGGCACCUCCACCCACUGAGGCACCUCCACCCACUGAGGCACCUCCACCCACUGAGGCACCGCCACCCACUGAGGCACCUCCACCCACUGAGGCACCUCCACCCACUGAGGCACCUCCACCCACUGAGGCACCUCCACCCACUGAGGCACCGCCACCCACUGAGGCACCUCCACCCACUGACGCACCUCCACCCACUGACGCACCUCCACCCACUGAGGCACCUCCACCCACUGACACACCUCCACCCACUACACCUGUGGUGGUGUCAUUAGGACGGCGUAGACCUAGCUGCCUGGUCUGA